AUGCUUCAAAUAAACAGAGAAAAUACAAGCACAAUUAGUCAUGAAAGCACUGAUGGUAAUAACAACACUGACCUCAAUGAUCACAUGUGUGAUAUCGAAUGUGAGAGUGAAAUUGAAAGUAGUACCUCUCCCUUGGUUUUCGAUUUUAGCCAGCCUUCUCCUGUCUCAAGCAACAAUGAUGCAAAGAACCUGGAGUUCAUGAAAAUCAUCAAUGACUUUGGCAUUUUCUAUCAAGCUCAUGAGAAGCUUGCUGCGCAUCUCAACAGCAUUCUGGAGAUGUCAACCAAGAUAACGUACAGAGUGUAUAUACCAUACCUGGGCAAGGAGCUCUUGAAGCGUUUCUCUAGCAUAGAGGAAACAGUAUACAACGUCUGCCAAAAUGGAUGUAUGAUGUUUAACGAUGCAGAGGAGGUUGCUUGCAAGCAUUGUGGUGAAGCUUGCUACAAAAGCAACAAAACCGAUAAGGACGGUAUACCCAUUGCCGAGAAAACCAUAGUUCAGAUUCCUUUGGUCAGGCAAAUUGCCCUUUCUUUGGCCAACAAUAGUACCAGACAUGAGAUGUUAUACUGUCACAAUCACAAGCAAAAGACAGAUGACAGCAAGGCAGACAUCUUUGAUAGGCAUGCAUACUAA